AUGGAACCCAAGGAUCGAUUAAAGGGAAUCCGUGUGAGUUACACUAUCAGGGUCACCCAAAUAGUGAAGAAGCUACAAAAUAACACUAUAUCAACAAAUUCGAUGACUAUUGCUGACUGGAAGACGGUGUCGUCUCUGAGCAACUCCACUGGUGCGGUGUUUUCCGGUGAGCACGAAGACACCGUGAAACCAUCAGCAGGUGGUGAUAGAGCCGAUAAUAAUGUUAGUAGUAAUGCAGAUUCUGUGGCGCGUGAAAGGAACGCGCCGCCUAGAUGGAGGAAUUAUAGAGGUGUGAGGCGUAGGCCGUGGGGGAAGUUUGCGGCUGAGAUCCAGGACCCGAAGAGGAACGGAGCAAGAACGUGGUUAGGGACAUAUAAGAAGGAAGAGGAUGGAGCAUUGGCUUAUGAUAUAGCUGCUUUUAAGAUGAGGGGUAGAAAAGCCAAGCUCAAUUUUCCACAUCUCAUUGGGUCGGAAUCCCCGCCAGAGCUGCCGGAAAGAGUAGUCAGCGAGACGAAGCUGCAGUGCCACUGGCCGGAAUCUUCAUCGCCGUCAGGUUGUGCAUCUGAGGAUAACGGUGGAUCUCAAGGGUCACGUAGUAAGAAGAAGAGGCUAACUACUCUAUUGAAUAAAUUAGCAACAAAUAGAAGCCAAAUCAGAAGCUUGAAAUAG